AGACAGAUGACGGAAUAGUAAACGCAACGCGGAGUUGUUGUUGCUGGUACUCCCCGGUGCCUAUAAAGACAACCUGAUGCUGCAAUGAAUUUUGGGGCCUGCUUGCAACAGACAAUGCUCAAUUUUCAGAAAUUGUCUCUUCUAAUUCUAUUGACUUUGGUGUUUCAGCCUGUGAAUGUGAUAGGCAAGAACCACUACUGCAUGCAGAAAUGUGGUCGCGUUCAUAUUCAAUUUCCAUUUUAUCUCAGAAACAGCAAUAAGUUCAAUCACACCACAGACUAUCCCACUGGGUUCGGUCUGUUAUGCACUGAAAAAGAUGAUACUUUGCUGGAGCUACCUUCUGUUCCAAUAAAAUUGUUUGUCAGAAACAUUGAUUACAAAUCUCAGCAAAUUGAAAUCUACGACCCUCAAAAUUGCCUUCCAAGUCAGCUCUUGAAACUCGGCAAUGCAUCCAUUUCUCCUUUCCAAUUUUCGAAGCCAAAAGGUUUUUAUGAUUACGAGAAAGAUUUAUACGAUUCCAGGACUAACGUUUCCUUCUUCCGUUGUGAUUCAAGGUCACUGUGCCCUAUUUUUCUACUUGACCCAUCGGACGACGUUAAUCUAUUUAUCCCCGAUAUACUAUACUGCACUAAGCUGAAAGAUAUUUUGUCCGUGAAGUGGUACUUCAAUAUGGAAGAUUGGGAUUCAGCAGUGCUUAUGGAAUGGUCAAAACCUAACUGUAGUUACUGUGAAGCACAAGGCCAGAAAUGUAGAUGGAAGAAUGGUACCAACGGUGAAACUGAAUGUUUCGUUUGCCCAACAAACAAGAUUCCGACACGGACUGUUCUAAUCAUUGCUGCAGGAGGAAUAGUUGGUUUGAUGCUUUUGCUGCUAUUGGCCAAGGCAUUGUUUCAUGUGUAUUGCUAUCAUAAGAUGAAAGGAGAAGACCAGGCUCGGAUAGAGAAAUUCUUGGAGGAUUAUAGGGCAAUGAAGCCUACUCGAUUCACUUAUGCUGACAUUAAGAGAAUGACAAAUGGGCUUAGUGAGAGUUUAGGGGAAGGGGCUCAUGGAGCAGUGUUCAAAGGAAUGCUCUCCCGAGAAAUUCUUGUUGCUGUGAAGAUACUCAACAACGCAGUGGGUGACGGAAAGGAUUUCAUGAAUGAAGUGGGGACUAUUGGGAAAAUUCAUCAUGUUAACGUUGUUCGUUUGCUCGGAUUCUGCGCAGAAGGGUUCCACCAUGCUCUUGUUUAUGAUUUCUUCCCAAAUGGAUCGCUGCAGAGAUUCUUGGCUCCGCCUGACAACAAGGAUGUUUUCCUUGGUUGGGACAAGUUGCAAAGAAUUGCUAUGGGUGUUGCCAGAGGGAUUGAGUAUCUCCACCUUGGCUGUGACCAAAGAAUACUUCACUUUGAUAUCAAUCCUCACAAUGUUUUGCUAGAUGAGGACCUCAUUCCAAAAAUCACUGAUUUUGGACUUGCUAAGUUGUGUCCCAAAAAUCAAAACACGGUGUCCAUGAGUGCAGCCAAGGGAACCUUGGGCUACAUUGCCCCUGAAGUUUUCUCAAGAAGCUACGGUAAUGUGUCAUAUAAGUCUGACAUUUACAGCUAUGGGAUGUUGCUGCUGGAGAUGGUUGGAGGAAGAAAGAAUACAAAUGUGUCAUUAGAGGAAAGUUUCCAAGUUCUAUACCCUGAAUGGAUCUAUAACUUGCUAGAAGGCAGAGACACACAUGUUACCAUUGAGAAUGAGGGAGAUGUGAAAACUGCAAAGAAACUUGCCAUUAUAGGACUUUGGUGCAUUCAGUGGAAUCCAGUGGACCGUCCAUCCAUAAAAACGGUUGUGCAAAUGCUUGAAGAGGAUGGAGACAAAUUAAUUGCACCCCCCAAUCCUUUUGGCACCACCAAUUCUUCUGGAACAAAUGUCGUUGUUCCAACAAGGCGUCAGAAUUUCGAGUUGGAAAUUAUUCAUGAAACAAAUGAGUAAAUUAUGCUGGUUACUUUUAGGUUCCUUCAAAUGUAAUAUGUCGUUUGUACAAGUUGUACGAUUUGAGUACUAUUAACAGUCUAUUAGACUAUUAUCCAUAUAUCUUAUUAAUCUACUUGUUUAUUGUUUCUUA